AUGGGUGCGGAGUCGGCGGAACUUAUCAUUGUUGAAUUUGAUCCUGACGACGGCCUAAAUCCCAAGAAUUGGAGGAGGUCUAAACGUUGGUUCAUGACCUACAUCGCCGGCCUUCUUGCCUUCAACGCAGGAUUUGCCUCAUCAGCACCCGUCGGAAUCGUCUCGAAUAUCCUUGCAUAUUUCCACUGCUCGCAAGAGGUCGCCGCAUUGACAAUUUCUCUCUUCAUCUUUGGCUACUGUGUCGGGCCACUUCUGUGGGGGCCCUUGUCCGAACAGUAUGGCAGGAGACCAAUAUUUCUCGUCGCAUUUCCCAUCUAUACGGCAUUUCAGGUCGGCUGUGCUCUGUCACAUAACGCAGCGUCGCUCAAUAUCUUCCGUCUGCUCACCAGUAUCUUCGCUGCUGCCCCUCUUACGAAUAGCGGCGCGCUCAUUUCGGACAUAUGGGAUGCAAAAACGCGCGGGAAGGCACUCGCCGUAUUUACCGUCGCGCCGUUUAUCGGACCGUCCUUUGGUCCUGUCGUUGGCGGCUGGAUCUCGCAGUCAGGGACAUCCUGGCGGUGGCUCUUCUGGGUCCUCACAAUCUUCUCUGGUGCGUGCAUUCCGGCGAUUCUACUCUUCCUCCCGGAGACAUACGCUCCGAUUAUCCUGGCAAACAAAGCACAAUUUCUGCGUAAGGAGCUUGGGCAGCGCAAGACGUUCCGCGACUGGGUCGACGGGACAAUCCUAAAGCCGUGUAUCAUGCUUGUUCAAGAGCCCAUGUUGAUUGCCACGACUGUCUACAUUAGUUUCGUCUAUGGAUGCAUGUAUCUCAUAUUCGAGGCGUACCCCGUCGUUUUUACUCAGGAGCACCACCUCGAUGCAGGUGUCUCCGGCAUGGUCUACAUCCCCAUAGCUGUUCCCCCAAUGAGUUAUACACAUGUUCACGCUACGCCCGUCCUGCUGUACUACUUCAUCUUCCACCCGCGCUAUGAGCGCGCCGUGGGCGCGUGUGCACCAAGCCCCGUCCCACCUGAGCUACGCCUCGAGUCGGCCAAGUGGGGGGCACCGCUCUUUGCUAUCGGGUUCUUCUGGUUUGGAUGGACAUCCUACCCAAGCAUUCCCUUCUGGGCGCCGCUGUUUGCAAGCGUGUUGCUGGGCACCGCCACCAUCUGGAUCUUUCUGGCAUUAUGCAACUACAUCAUCGAUGUAUACCUCUUUGCCGCCGCCUCCGCACUCGCUGCCAACACUGUCGUCCGCAGCGCUGCCUCUGCAGGAUUCCCGGUGUGCCCUGAACCUCGGGCGUCCGUGUUUUCGCCUCUGAUGGUUUCGCCUGUAGCUCUUCGCACCCCGAUGUAUGAGCGUCUAACUCCACGCUGGGCGUCUACAGUCAUUGGGUGCUUUUCGCUAUCUAUGGUCCCGCUUCCGUUUCUGCUCACGCGGUAUGGUCCAGCGCUACGAGCGAAGUCACGCUUCUCUUCGACUAUGCACAAGAGUUGCUCAUGGCCGCGUUCGCAAGCUUCGGGUUCAUGA